GUUCAUUUUAUUUUUUUUUAAAUGCGUCGGAAUCAAUGUUUAUCUUUUCUUCUGGUAUGCCAGGACAAUCUGGUUCCUUGGUCUCGUUACGUCAUGGAGCGAUUGUUGUGUUCAAUGUUGUCCUAAAUACACUUCCUAGUUGACACACAAAACUAAACCUCAGAGAUACAGAGAUGCCGAAAGGAAAGCUGAAGCCAGAGGACGAGCAGACGAUACGAGAAAACUACUUUCUUUUAAGAGAAGAGCUCGACGCUAAGGAUCUUGUGGAAUUUUUAUGUCAGCACAAAGUUUUGGCUGAUAACGAUAAGCAAAGAAUUAUUUCUAAAAAAUAUAAGUCGGAAAGGAAUGAUCUGCUGUUAUCGUUGAUCUUGAAUGCAGGUUCCGGGGAUGGAUUUCAACUGUUUAUGACAUCCAUCGAGAAACACUUCAAGAACUUGCAUUCUCGUCUGCAAGAUAUAGCCAAACAAAAAAUCUGGUCAGCGAAUCAAAUAAAGAAAGCCAAAGAAUUUGAGCAGGAGAAAGAGCAGUAUGACAAAGAGAAAGCUGAAUGGAUUGACAGGCUUAAACAGUUACAAGAAACCAAUUCAGCUCAAUCGAAGAAGAUCGAAGAUCAAGAUGCCAAAAUUCAGCUCUUAACAGAUGAAAAUACAAAAUUGAAAGAAGAGAUUAAAAAAUAUAAAGAGGAAGAGCAAGCUAAAAGCCGUGAGGAAGAGAUACAGAAUGUCAUUUCCAAUGCUUCACGGAAAGAAACCAAUAUAUCAGUCAAAGAUACCAUUCUGAAAGGUCUGAAAGAGGAAAGGGAGAAAAUUCUAAAGAAUUUUACAGAAGCUAAAAAACAGACCCCCCCGGACGACAGGAUAGCAUUACUUGAGAAAAGACUCCAUCAACUUGUCUCCGUGAGGCCUGUGAAAAAAAGUGUCACUUUUGACUUCGAUACAGACGCUAUGCCAUCCGACUCCAGCAAGAUUUAUCUUUUCCAGGAAGAUGAGCCGCUGUCAAUCCACGCAGCAAACAGCUUGUUGAAAGAAGCACACGUUUUAAGAGAGCUUACUCUUGCUAGAGAGAAUCGAAACUUUGCUUUGGAACAAAAAUUAGAGAAGAAGGACGUCUUGAAAGACGUCUUGGAGAAAGAAAUUGGUGUUCUUAUUUACGAAAUAGAAAAAUUGUCUGAAAGGUUUCGAGAUACGACAGAAAAUUUCUUAAAGGAGAAAAAAUCGUUAGAAGGAAAGUUACUGGCAGAGGAAAACAAACAGAUCAUGAUCAGUAAAGAUUUAGAAAAUAAAAAAAAUGAACUUCAGGAACGUCUUAAGGAGAGCAGUGAGCUUAUACAGCAAAUAGAGAAAAAUUUUAGUGCUUCUGUUUUGUUGGAGCGGGAGAAAACUAGAUUGGAAGGUUUACUUGUAGACAAGGACAAUAACGCUGGGCAACUGAACAAGAAAUUAGAAGAAAACUCGAUAAAGAAAAUUGAAUUUGAAAGCGUGAUCAAAAAUCUAGAAAAAUUGAGCAAGACUUCAAGUGACGAGCUGCAAAAACUUCAAGACGAAAGAUUGAAACUGACUGGUGAAUUAAAAGUCAAAGAAAAUGAAAAUAACUUUCUCCUAAGAGAGAUAGAAAAACUGAAAGAACAAGCCCAACAAAGCAGAACGGAAAUAAAAGAUCUAGAAAAAAGAUGUAAAGAUACAGAGAAAGAGAGAGACGCUCUCCUGGAACAGACUAAACUACUGCAAGGUUCUGCUGUGGACAAACAAAACAACAUGGAAGAGCUGAAAAACAAACUUGAUAAAACUAAUUCGCAGCUAAAAGAAUUAACCGACAGGAAUAAAGAAUUGGAAACCAAUUCAAAGUCGUCUGGUAAUGAAAAGCUUCAACUAGUUGGCGAAAAAGCACAAUUGGAACAACAGAAAAUCGAACAAAGCAAUAAAAUUUUAGCCAUGAAGAAAAAAAUUCGUCACCUGAAAAACAUGAUCAAGAAACUGACUUUGGAUAUAAAAGACCUGGAAAAUAUUCGAGAGGAAGCCAUCUUUCAGCAGAAGAGGAACGAGAUCUUAAGUCGAGAACUAGAGACCUUCAAAUCUUCCCAGGAGACAAAAUUUAUAGAGAUCCCAGAGUUUGUUGUUGAGAGCAAUACGCCACCGAAGUCCAAUAACAGACGCGGCAAAGCAGUCAACCCAGGUGGCAUAAAAGUAAAUAUUCCGGAGACGCCUUUGCCUAGCCCACGUGGAGAUGUGUCACGCAGGGACCCACCAGUAUGGACGAGUAGGCCAAGUACUAGCUCAAGUGUUGUAUCAAGUACUAGCCCAGCGCCGCCCAUGCUUACAUCUGCUACCAGAAGACGUCAGACGACUCUCACAGCCAACUCAACUCAACUCUUAGCCAAUGAGAAGCUACAGAAAGAAAAGAAAUGAUGGAAACAACUCUCAGGAUCUCAUGGACAUGCGCAUUGCAACAUAUUCUAUACUUUGUUCUUAGACAGUUGCAGAUUUUCAUACAUGGCGGAAAUUCUAUAAAUAGCAAACAUUUUGGGGUAUCCGGUGUAAAAAAUAAAAUAAAGCGUUGAUGACCUAUUUUUUUUUAAACGGUUAUGGUUAUGGUACACACUUGAGUACUUCUGUAUAAAUUGUUUUUAAGCUUUUAUGUCUGAAAUUUCUUUUUUAGUUGGCAAUUUCGGAGUUCAAUUUACCGUCCUUGAUAAUAGUUUAUCGUGAAAAAGUUAGAAUUAAAUGUGUACCAUAAGCAAUGUAUUGUAUCGACUGUAUUAUAAUAUUAUAUUCCACUAAAUAAAUUUUUAAAAAAAUGGAAUAGUGCUAAUAUGUUUGAAUUACGUCAUCAUUUGUUGUGGGUGUUUGUGUUAAAUGUACUUGACAGGAUGUGACGUAAUAAAAUGAUGGCUACUCUUAUCAACAUGAAGU